AUGAAAGAUGCUCUCCACACGCCACCAUCUUCACUUCCUUCUCCCGUCGCCUCCACUUCCCCCUCCCGUCGCCUCCACAUCCCCCUCCCAUCGCCUCCACUUCCCCCUCCCGUCGCCUCCACUUCCCCCUCCCAUCGCCUCAACUUCCCCCUCCCGUCCCCUCAUCUUCCCCCUCCCGUUGCCUCCACAACCCCCUCCCGUCGCCUCCACAACCCCCUCCGGUCGCCUCCACUUCCCCCUCCCGUCGCCUCCACUUCCCCCUCCCGUCGCAUCCACUUCCCCCUCCCGUCACCUCCACUUCCCCCCUCACCUUCCCCCUCCCGUCACCUCACCUUCCCCCUCCCGUCGCCUCCACUUCCCCCUCCUGUCGCCUCCUCUUCCCCCCUCCUUUCGCCUUCACUUUCCCGUCCCUUCGACUUCACUUCCCCCUCCCGCCGCCUCCACUCCCCCCCCCCCCCCCCCCCACGUCGCCUCCGCUUCCCCCCACCCCCAUCGCCUCCGCUUCCCCCCCCCCCGUCCCCCCCCCCGUCACCUCCACUUCCCCCUCCCGUCGCCUUCACUUCCUGCUCACUCUCUUCACCCCAUUUCCCCCCUUAUCACUCUCUUUCCCCCUCUGCUCACCAUUUGGUCUAUUUCCCCUCCUUAACCCUUGCUUACUUGCUUUCCCCUAUGCUCACCCCCUUCUCCACCCUGCCCACUCCCUUUUUCCCGUUGCUCACCCCCUUCUCCACCCUGCUCACUCUCUUUCCCCCACUAAAACUCUCCCUUUCCCCCACUCCACCUCGUCCUUCCCCGCCCUCCCCUUGCAUUUCCACCACUCCCACCCGUCCAAUCCCCCACUCCCCCCCGUCCAAUCCCCCACAUCCCCGAUCCAAUCCCCCACUUCCCCCCCUCCAAUCCCCCACUUCCCCCCCUCCAAUCCCCCACUUCUCCCCCUCCAAUCCCCCACUCCCCCCCCUCCAAUCCCCCACUUCCCCCCCUCCAAUCCCCCACUUCCCCCCCUCCGAUUCCCCACUUCCCCUGAAGUUGCUUUCCCCACUCCAAUAG